GAAACAAGAGAGCAGCUGCCCUUCAGUCUCCCUCCCUCUCUGACCAGCUCCUGUUUGUGACAGAGUUAUCUUUAUCUUCAUCUUUAACUCUCAGACUUAGGAACAUAUUCAGGCUGUCAUCUCUCUGACUCACAAACUAAAUCAACAGCACCCUUCACAUACUCACAGCUAGCAGACUCAUUUCACUGCACAGCUAAGUCAUGGCGGACAGAAAGGACAGCAAGACCCCCAGUAAAGGUGGUCUGAUAAAGAAGAAAGAAAAGAAAGAAAAGAAAGUAGAGAGUAAACCUGAAAAGGAGAAAGAAAAGAUCAAAUGUAAAGGUGAAAAGAUGACAAAGAAGCCGGAGAAGACCCCAGAAAAUCAGCAAAAAAAUGAGGAGAUGCCUCAAGGAAAUGAGGAGAUGCCUCAAGGAAAUGAGGAGAUGCCUCAAGGAAAUGGGGAGGUAGCAGAAGGAGCCAAACACCCUGUCAAAGAUGAGGAGUUUGAGCUGGAGCCUAUGGAGCUGCCUCCAUUUGAGAUCAUUGUAGGAGACAGAAUGAAUCCGACCUUCUUUAAGUUCCAAUUUAAAAAUGUGGAAUAUUCCUCCGGGCGCAACAAGACCUUCCUGUGCUACCAGGUAGACAUUCAAGGAGGCGCUGGAGAGACAGAUGGCCUUCGUGGUUACCUGGAGGAUGAGCAUUCGGGUUCACAUGCCGAAGAAGCCUUCUUUCAACAGGUGCUGGCCUAUUAUGACAAGUCACUCCACUACACAGUGACCUGGUACAUGUCCUCAAGCCCUUGCACAGCCUGCGCUGCUAAGCUCGUAGAGAUCUUGCGAGCACGCAAGACAAUGCGCCUUAUUAUCCACUGCUCCCGUCUCUUCCAGUGGGAGGAACCAGAGAUACAGGUCGGACUUCAGGCACUAGUUAGGGCGGGGUGUAAAAUACGCAUGAUGAGGCCUGUGGAUUUUACGUAUGUUUGGUCUACUUUUGUUGAGAACGAGGAAGAUAACUUUACACCCUGGGAGGACUGUCAAGAUAACUACGAUUAUUAUGAUGAGAGGUUGUGUGAUAUUUUAAAGUAGGGUAAGGAGCCGCAGCUGGCCUCUGAUUAAGACUGUUAAAAACAGCCUGGGCACCGCCUUCAAGGAAAUUUAGUACUUAAAAGCUAAUCAUUACAAUGUCUCUGUAAUUACAAUAGCAUUGUUUUCUCUGUCAACACUAUUUGUCCUUUUAAAUCACAUAGUUGACUUUAUUAACUGAUUUUAAACUUACAUAAAGAAUUCAAACCACACUUAUGUAUAGUAUUUAGAUGGGCAUCUCAAAUAUAUAGGUUAUAUUUUUAUUUUACUAAGUAUCAUUUUGAGAAAAUUUUGAGAAGCUAAACAUCUGAGUGUAAAAUUCAAACAUGAAAUUCCAGUUAACUCUGAGUAAAUUCUUUUGCAAAGUAAAAUAAAUCUCUAAGCAUCAUGUUUAAAUAUUGUAAUUUUGUCUUUUUAAAUGAUAUAUAUAUAUAUAUAUAUAUAUAUAUAUUGAAAUUAUAUAAUGAAUACUGGCAUAGUGAACAGUCUCCUUGUAUGUAAAACAGUAAACAUGAGUCAAUUUCCUAUCAUUAGCACAAUCUAAAGACAGCAUGCUUUACAAUGUUAUUUAUAUUAUACCAAGACAGUGGAUCCCAACACUGUUCCUGGAGUCCCCCCAAAACAGCACAUUUUCGCUGUGUCUCAUUUCAAAGGCUCCAGACCCUCCAGAGGUCACAUUUGUCGGCAUUAUAUUUCGACCAUUACAUUCCAAAGACAGAAAUGACUGUAAUUAUCCCUCAUGAGGACUAACAGUGAAUUUUAUAAUGCUUGCUUCUCUGAAAUGAGAGAGGAUCUGUGACGUUUGCGACCUGUGGAGGACACAGCCUUCGAAAUGAGACACAGCUUUUAAACAUCUCCACGAACAGGGUUGAGAACCACUGUACUAAAGAACCAACUGGAAAUAAGGAUAUUAGAAUAAUGGUGGAAUUAUUAAUCGUGGGACAUUUAUAGUGCAUUUAUAUUUGAGGUACACUUAAUUUAGUGAAAUUUACUGGAAAUAUAUAAACUUGUAGUGAAAUUCCAUUGGAAUGAUAAGCCAUCCUCUAACAAUUCUUUAAGAAGGGUUAAGAAAUAAUGUGAGUUUCAGACCUGCCGUGGUCUAGAUUGUGUACUCAGUGAUGGAGAUUUUUGUGUUCUAGAAGACUUCUGAGAUAAUGGAAGACACAUUUUUCCAUUACAGUUCAUCCAGCCCACAGCUAAUCCUAGCAAGAGAACAUGACAUCAGUUAUUGCAGUCUAUUCAGCAGAAUAAUAAAAUCAAUUUAAAAGAAA